AUGCCUACCGUGGCAUCUGAGUUCAACGCACUUCCUCACAAAGCUGUGAGGAUUUCGUUGGCGUACCUGCUAACUUCCACCGUGUUCCAACCCAUCUUUGGCCGUGGAACCGACCUGUACGGAUCAAGACUCAUGCUCUUCCUCUCCAUCGCUUUCUUCGACCUCGGCACACUCUUUUGUGCUAUCGCUACCGACUUCAUCUGGUUCUGCUGUGGUCGUGCUAUAGCAGGUAUUGGGGCAGCGGGACUGUUGGUCGUAUGUAUGAUCAUUAUCAGCCAAAUGGUACCCCUCCGAGACCGUGGCAAGUUUGUCGGCGCCAUGUAUGCACGGACGGCCAUUGCCACUGUCCUCGGCCCCGUCCUGGGAGGAAUCUUCUCCGCGAUCAACUGGCGCUGGUGCUUCUACAUCAGUCUCAUCCUUUCCGCCCCUGCUGUUAUUGUGCUGCUGCUUUUCGUCAAGAAGAUCCCGAACAGGAAGCGGCCCGGAGUGUCUUUCAAGGACGUAGACUUUGGCGGUAUCCUCCUCAUCUUCGCUUGUGUUGUCAGCCUCUGUUUGUCCCUCUCUUGGGGUGGUACUACAUUCCCGUGGAACAGCCCCAUCGUCAUAUCGCUUCUGUGUGUCGGCGUUGUUCUCAUCCCCGUCUACAUCUUUUAUGAGAUGCGCGUCCCCCGGUACCCCGUCAUUCCCCUCCAGAUGUUCAGGAUUCGCAAUGUCACUGCGUCGACUGGAAAUUACUUCUUCUCUUCUGUUUCCAUGUAUGGUCUCUCGGCGUACAUCCCGUCCUACUACCAGCUCGUCCGCGGUGAUUCGCAGCUCGUCUCCGGUCUCGAGGUCCUCCCCUACGUCGGCACGAUCGUGAUCUUCUCCACCCUCGUCGGGUACAUCAUGUCCUGGACCGGGCGCACCCGGCCGUGGCUCUGGAUGGGCGGGCUCGUGAAUAUUGUCGCGAACGGGCUGCUCAUCAUGCUCAACGGCAAGCUCCCGCGCGCGGUCGAGUACGUCUUCCUCGCCCUCAGCGGCGCCGGGGUCGGCUUCAUCGCGCAGACGAACACGGUCUCGGCGCAGAGCAAGGUCUCGCGCGAGCUCCUCGCGAGCGUGACGACGAUGACGAUGUGGAGCAAGAGCUUGGGCGGGAUCGUCGGGAUCGCGAUGCAGGGGUCCAUCAUCCAGAACGUGUUCCUCAACCAGAUGAAGGCCGACCCGGAGGCCGCGCCGUACAUCGAUCAGCUCCAGGCGGUGAGCAACAUCCAGUCGCUGCCCCUUGACGUCCGGACCAAGGCGUCGCAGUCCUACGGCAAGGCGUUUGAGACGAUGAUGAUCGCCACGUUGCCCUUCGUCAUCGUCGGCUUCCUGUUCUCGCUCACCGCCGAAGAGGCCGACCUUGGUCGCCGCUCUGGUGGGAAGAAGAAGGACGAGGACGAGGAGAAAGGCAACGCCCCCAAGGUCGAAGUUCCGGAGACUUCGGCCGCCCCCGCUGGCCUCGCUACUGGAGACAAGAAGACUCCGGUCGAAUGA